AAUUACCACCUAAUAUCACGGCAGACUUCGCCCUGACUUUGGCUUUGCCAAUUUCCCAUAAAACUAAACAAAAACCUCCUGAAAUAGCCCAACAAAUUAUAAAAAUAACCGGCUGCCCGGAUUUAGAAUAUACUAUCACCGCUCAAGGUUAUAUUAAUUUCCGUUUCCCCAUCGCCUAUUAUCAACAAUUUCUUAACGAGACAUUAACCCAGACUGGCCAAAAUCUCCGGGGAGAAAAUAAAAAUUUUCGUCUAAAUAUUGAGUACGUUUCGGCUAAUCCGACCGGUUAUCUCCAUUUGGCUCAUUUUCGGCAUGCGGUAGUUGGCAACACACUAGCCAAUAUUUACCAAUUUUGUGGUUAUCCAAUAACCCGAGAAUACUACAUUAAUGACCGCGGAGGACAAAUUAUUUCUUUAAUUAAUUCAGUUUAUCUUUUUUAUCAUCAGUUGCAAAACAUUACUCCGACCAAGACGGGCCAAAUAGAAUAUGCGGGAGCAGCCAGCCAAGAAAUCGCCCGGCAAUUAAUAACCAAAUGA